CAACACCUCCCUCAUCGCCAUGUAAAUCUAAUAAAAUUUUAACAUUACAAUAAUGUUUCAAAGCAUGAUGUAAUUUUACACCGACUUGUACAAAAAAAAAAUCUGCACAUGGUUAGGCCAAGCUCGCGUUUCAUGCACGCGCCGCUAGUGAAACGGCGGAAGUCGCAACGGUCAAGAAAGUGUUGGAAACCAGUUCAACGGUUAAAACACGGCGUUGUUUGUUGUAAAAAGUGAAAGGAAAAUAGAGAGAAAAAAAGAAAAAAGGAAAGAAGGGAAAGCCAAAGAAGUCUUUUUUUUUCAUCUACCUUCCUUUUUCUCGUAUCCUUCGUCGUACAUAUCUGAAUUCAUCUGCUUUCUGUGCACCAGUUCACAUCUGAUAAUUGCUAAUAUUCCCACAAAUUUAAUUGCAAGGGGGAAAUAUAAAAUUGGCCGAACCUUUUCUCUUUGAUCUUGAAGAAAUAGUAAUUUUCUUCAAGUUUUUAUAAUUUAAUUUUCUGAUGGAGUUGAGGAACAGUGGCGGUGUCUACUGUUGUUUCUUUGUAGUUGCUGCUUUGCUUUGCAUCUCCGUUGUCUUCGCAGGUGAUAUAGUUCACCAUGAUGAUACUGCGCCGAAGAGGCCGGGUUGUGAAAACAAUUUCGUGCUUGUUAAAGUACCAGUUUGGGUAGAUGGCAAAGAAAUGGCCGAGUUUGUGGGUGUUGGAGCACGAUUUGGCAAGUCAUUGGAAUCAAAAGAGAAGCGUGCCAACCAGACUAAACUUGCUCUUGCAGACCCUUCUGAUUGUUGUAGUACACCUAGGAAUAAGCUUGCGGGUGAGGUUAUCUUGGUACACCGAGGCAAUUGUAGUUUCGUCACCAAAGGAAAUGUUGCUGAAGACGCUGGGGCUUCUGCUCUACUCAUCAUAAACAAUGAGAAAGAACUAUUCAAGAUGGUCUGCGAAGCAAACGAAACUGAUGUACAUGUUGGAAUACCUGUUGUCAUGCUCCCACAAGAUGCUGGACAAAGCUUGAAAGAAAGUAUGAUGAACAGUUCACAUGUGUCCAUUCAGAUGUACUCUCCGCAAAGACCGGAGGUUGAUGUGGCUGAAGUGUUCUUAUGGCUAAUGGCUGUUGGUACCAUUUUAUGUGCAUCUUACUGGUCUGCGUGGAGUGCCAGAGAAGCAACUAUAGAGCACGACAAGCUUGUAAAGGAUGGCUCUGAUGAAUUCCUCACUGAUGAAACUGGCCAUUCAAGUGGUGUUGUGGACAUCAACACAACCUCAGCUGUUUUAUUCGUUGUGAUUGCCUCAUGUUUCUUGAUUAUGCUCUACAAGUUGAUGUCGUCAGCAUUCAUUGAGGUUCUUGUGGUUGUCUUCUGCAUAGGUGGUGUAGAGGGUUUACAAACCUGUCUGGUGGCUCUAUUAUCAUGUUUCAGAUGGUUUGAACAUGCCGCGGAGUCCUUCGUCAAAGUACCUUUCGUGGGGGCUGUGUCAUAUUUGACAGUCGGUGUUUCUCCUUUCUGCGUAGCCUUUGCAGUCUUAUGGGCUGUAUACCGCAAAACCUCCUAUGCUUGGAUCGGUCAAGAUAUACUCGGUAUUGCAUUGAUAAUCACCGUUCUCCAGAUAAUACGAGUUCCAAAUCUGAAGGUGGGAACGGUUCUCCUCAGCUGUGCGUUCCUGUACGAUAUAUUUUGGGUCUUCGUCUCCAAGUGGUGGUUCCAUAAGAGCGUGAUGAUAGUGGUGGCUCGCGGUGAUGGAAGUGGAGAAGAUGGCAUUCCGAUGCUUCUCAAAAUCCCUCGAAUGUUUGAUCCUUGGGGUGGAUACAGCAUAAUUGGAUUUGGCGACAUCAUCUUGCCCGGACUACUCGUCACCUUUUCCCUAAGGUACGACUGGCUGUCCAAGAAAAGCCUAAAAUCUGGAUAUUUCCUCUGGGCGAUGCUGGCUUACGGCUUAGGUCUUCUGAUAACAUAUGUGGCUCUAAACUUGAUGGAUGGCCAUGGCCAACCUGCACUGCUCUACAUCGUACCGUUCACGCUAGGCACAUUGAUCACAUUAGGGAAAAAGAGAGGUGAUCUAAAGCAUCUAUGGUCCCGAGGUGAGCCCGAUAGACCGUGCCGCCAUGUUCGUCUCCGAUCGGAUGAACAGUAACCGACCUAUUCCACGUGUACGGCCUCAUCCGGCCACGAUGGUUUCCUCACAGAAUAUAUGCUGUAUGUAGAUACAUAUUAGAAGGGAAACUGAGAAUGUAGUGCUGAUUGUAUGAUUCUGUUUUCUAACUUGAAGAAAGAGCCAUUUUGGGACUCCAUGCACUCAUUCAUCAAUAUAGAGAGCUUAUUUUACUCACUAAAA